AGUUGUGUUCUCGUGAACCAAAAGACAGUCACCAGAUAUUUAUACUAGAAAAAGACAAAAGGCACCGAAGCCCUAACCCUAGCUCCUACAAACCCCCGGCGCCCCGAAUCCAAUCCUCCACCGCCCAUUCACCCCCUCGCCGGCCAAAUUAGGCACGUGAAGGGCGCCAGCUCGGGAACCAGUGUUAGGUGACCGGCAUCACCCGCCGGCUCGGCUCGGGGACGAUUCGGAGGAGUGGCAACAGAGGAUGGCUGGUCUACAGGGUUUUGCAUCAGAUGAAGGGGCGGACCGGCACGGGUUGAGUGAUAUUGGAGGGUCGUUUUCUGUGGGUGGCGUGUCGUUACUCGCACAUGGAACUGGCUUGUUUGCUGAUUUUAGUAUGCUUCAGAAGCUCCGCACAGAGCAGGGAUUUCAAGAAUAUUUGAAAUUCCGUGAGCAUGCAUUCAAGCUCGCAGCAGAAGAACUGGUUGCUGCAUGCAAUUCGCCUGUUGAUUUGUUUGUCCAGACCGAGUGUGAUGAGAGGCUUUUUCAAGAGCACUUCCUCAAGUUCGUGACUUUACGUGAACAGUAUUCUGUGGUUGUUGAUGAUGUUGAUGGAAGUAAAGAAAGUUUGGUUGAUGAUGGAUCACCACGCCGUGUCUUGAAUGAGGAUGAGUUCAAUCACAUCCAGCGUAAGAAUGACAAAGAUAUACUUCUAAACACAUUGCAUGGUGUUCGAAGAUAUUAUGCGUACCGCAAAGCCCUUCUGCAACUUGACUUUAUCAAGUGGAAUAGUAACCCCGAGGAAGUUUUAGAACGGAUUAAAGAGUCAACUAGAUGGUUUGAUGAGCUGGAUGAUUAUGAGCUACAACUUGGUUUAAAGGGUCAUAUGGAACUUUUAAAGAGAUAUGUGAGUGAAUUGGACACAACUUCCACAAGCAGCAGCAUGCCUGAGUUUGAAAGUGUAGCUUUGGAGGAGAUCAACUCUCGUAUGAGUUCAGAAUUAGAAAAGCAUCUACAUCUCCGUGACCAGUGGCUUAUGCAAGAAUACUUCAAUCGUGUGAAAAUAAGGAACUUUGCCAGAGUGUGUUAUAAUGAAUCAGAAAAGACUGGAGUCAUUCUUGUUGAAGAGUUUCUACCCGUACGACAAUUGCAAGAACAGAUGUUACCCAAAAGCUUGCCCCAGAUUUUGGGAGAACAGCUGUUACCCAGAAAUUUGCCCCAGAUGAAACAGAGAGUUAAGCAGUCACUUGAGUCAGCCAUGGGUUACCUGCAUCGACAGCGUGCUCCUCGUCCAAGGGUAUUUAAUCUGGCAUGUGCAAUUACUCUUCUAUCAACAACAUGCAUGGCCAACGAGAGUAAGACUGUCAACUGAAGCCAUGACUGACGAGGCAGUUGGUGAUCCAGUGUUGGAUAAAGAGUUAUUGUUUAUACAUCUUAUGGUUAAUGCUGUACUCAUGUCUGAAGCCUGCCUGUCGUAAUGCAUUACUGGUAAUGUUUAACAUGUGGCUUUUGUUCGUUGUCCACUGGAAUUUGCAAACAAAAAUAUUGAUGCCCUGUU